AUGGCCGAGCUGGCUCCGCUUGCUUUCAUUGUCGAUGAGUUCGUCGUUCCAGUGGAAGGUUACCUGCCCUACCUGCUCAUUGCGCUAGGAACCUUUGCCUACUACAGUCAGCUGACAUUGGUGAAGGCAAUACAGAAAGAAGAAGCCGGCGUUGUGUCGAUUAUAAAAGACAGUUCAGAAGUUGAAUACUGUUAUCCACCUUUAGAUCCAAGUUUGUUUCAAAAUGAAACUGCUCAAAAUAAAAGCAUUUCAAAUGAAAGUAGUACAACCAAGUCUAAUUUAGAGUUUGUUCAACUGCCGUCAAUCUGGCAAACAUUGCCAUCACUAGCCAUUCCAGAUGGGGCACACAACUUUGAUUCUGAUACUGUGUUCUUUCAUUUACCUCAUCCGUCUGAUUGUACAACUGCAAUUUACUGCGUUUCAUGUUAUCGUCAAAUUGCAACAAAGGAUUUGCUUGUUCGCACCACUGACAUGACGCGAAGUUCAGUUCAAAAAAGCGUUGUUGCAAUUCUUCGUGUUCCAUUUUACGGAUUAGUGGAGUUCAAAUUACGAAUUAUAACGCGAGCUUACUUCAACGAGCUUGAUUUUAGCAAACGAGAAGUUUUGCGUGAAUCAUUCCACAACAUCAACAGCCAAUUAACCCUGUCAAUGCUGGAUUCUCCAGAGCUGUUUUCAGGCUUGUCUGUGCGCAAUCUGUUUAAUCGGUUUGGAAGUCAAGUCAUUGUCCUUUUUAAACUGUUGCUACUUGAGAAGAAAACUAUAUUUAUCAUGUCUCCAAUUCGUGAGUUGUCAGCUUCCAUUUUGACUCUGUGCUCGCUCAUUCCAGGCCUAGUGCAAGAAGGACUUGUGCAUUCAGUUAUUCCGUUCAACGUGAAAGCACAAACAAAAGAAACUGGUACUAUUUUUCCAACUAUGAACGUUGUCAAGGCACAACAAGCAAAUGAUGAAAUUGAUGAGCUAGAGAACCCUCAAAAUAAUGGCAGCCAUCCGCAACCGAAUGAAAAGAUUGAUAAAGAAUUGGGCAGCAGAAGCAAUUUAUCAACGCAAAAUACACUAAUGAAAAGUGAAUCACAGUCAAGUUUAGGUUCAACUGACUCAGUUAAACUAGCAGUUCCUGAAGAAAGUGCUGAAGAAACGCAAAAACGACUGGAUGCCAUUUUCAGUCACCCUCACGUCUACUACGGCUUUCCGCUACAAAUAUUUUCCUGCAGUUCAUAUUUGUUGCCAUACUUUUCCAUGCCGUACUUUGAUGUACUGGUCAAUGAACGAGUGCGCAGUUGUAUAGCUGGCUCGUCAAACCAGAUAUUUAAACGAUGGGAGAACGACAUUGAUGUGUUUGUUGUGGACAAUCAAAUUGAGAUUGAUGAUGUUCAAUUAAAGAAAAUAUUGCGACCCACUUCUGAAGAUAUAAACUUCAUGUCAUGCAUUAUUAAAUCAAUUGAGGAAAACAGCGAUUCACUUAAACCAGUGGACAUAUUUGAUGAGAGUCAACAUGUUUUCUACGAAGGAAAAAACUCACGUGAUUAUAAAGCUUUUAACUCGCUAUUUAUGGAUGUCUGGAAAACGACACACAACUACAAAGUUUGGUCUAGUGGACAAUACACUGCAGCCUGUCACCGAGACAUUGAUCCAGCGCAUCCUUUUUCCAGUGACCGCCUGAGCAAUAUUCGUUUUAAAAUUGCCAAGUAA